AUGUCGGUCUAGGGAACCUGCUUCUGAUUUAAGCUCCGGUCAGCUUCGGUACCCCAAGAGUCUCGUGAUCUCGACGUCGGCUGAUGAUCACUCGUCGCCGACGUGAUACGCGACUAUUCGUCCUCGAACGUUUUGACUCUCCUCUCAAGAAAGUUGAUUUACAUUGAUUCGAUUGAGAUCCGACGUUGACUCCGCGAAGAGUCUCAGGACGAGAGAUUGAGUAAUGCGUAUGAUAAAUAAUGCGUUAUACACAUAAUAAUGCGAGACAUUUCGAUGCACUUGGCACGGACGCGCGUCCGCCCAGCCUCGCGACUUGCUAUUUUAGCCGUAACCUUGCGACACCGCAUUGUGUUCUCUCGCGUUAUGUAUCGCGCAUUUCAAGGCGGUUGUCUCUCACGCCGAGAUCUCCCUCCCUGAGUUUGAUGCCGGCGAGUCCGACCGCGCCAUCGAUUUUGCACGGGUCUUCAUGGAAAAAGUCUUACAAGAACUAACGUAUCUAACGUGACGUGAAUCAUACUAAGUUUCUUUCUUUCUUUUUUCUUAAGUCGUAUGAUUCACGAUAGAGAUUUAAAAAUCAAGAUAUCCGGAUUCUUUGUUGCACGACUACACGAUUAACCGCUCCGUUUAUCAGUCAUGUUCGCGUGGGUGUAGCGCCGAAUGUCACUUGCGUAAUCCCACGUGUUCGGUGGUUAUCAAGAUUUUCUCAAGAAAAUCGAGAAGCUAGAUAAUGGCAUCGCUCAGAUGGUUUGUAGCUGGAGCAAGUGCCGUGGGUGCUGGUACUCUUACUUCAUACUUUCUAUUGUCAGACACCACGGUACACGCCGAGGUCAAGGGAAAACCAAGGCCACCUCGAAGAACUUUGCCGACACGAGAAGAUCAAGUGAAGACUCUGAAAUCGCAGGAUUAUGACGUAUUAAUAAUCGGAGGUGGUGCGACAGGAGCAGGAUGCGCUCUAGAUGCUUGCACACGAGGUCUGAAAACCGCAUUGGUGGAAGCUGACGACUUCGCAUCCGGCACUUCGUCCCGGAGCACGAAGUUAAUUCACGGUGGCGUACGAUACCUGCAGAAAGCGAUCAUGCAGCUGGACAUUGAGCAAUACAGAAUGGUAAAAGAGGCGCUUCACGAGCGCGCGUCGAUGCUGGAAAGCGCACCGCAUCUGGCGCAUCCCUUGCCCAUUAUGCUACCGGUUUACACAUGGUGGCAAAUCCCAUAUUACUGGUUUGGCAUUAAAAUGUACGAUCUAGUGGCAGGUAGUAAAACGGUCAAAUCGUCGUAUUAUUUGAGUAAAUCGAACGCUUUAGAACUUUUUCCGAUGCUGAAAGGCGACAAAUUGACGGGAGCUAUUGUAUAUUAUGACGGCCAGCAAGAUGAUGCUAGAAUGAAUCUGGCAGUUGCUCUAACAGCAUCGAGACAUGGGGCGACAGUUGUAAAUCAUGUUAAAGUAGUUAAUCUAUUGAAAGGUCUUGACAGGGAUGGCAAGCGAGUCCUUGUGGGAGCUCACCUUAGAGAUGAACUUACGGGAGAGGAAUGGGACGUGAAGGCCAAGGCUAUAAUUAAUGCGACCGGUCCCUUCACCGAUCAUAUUAGGAAGAUGGAUGAUCAAAAUGUCCAAUCUAUCUGCUGCCCAUCUUCUGGCGUUCACAUAGUGUUGCCAGGAUAUUACAGUCCCGACCAAAUGGGUCUACUUGAUCCAGCAACGAGUGACGGCCGGGUGAUAUUCUUUUUACCGUGGCAAAAACAAACAAUUGCAGGAACGACCGAUCUGCCUUGUGAAGUAACGCACAAUCCACGACCUACGGAGGACGAAAUCAUGUUUAUUCUGCAGGAAGUAAAGAAUUAUCUGAAUCCAGAUGUCGAGGUGCGCCGCGGUGAUGUUCUCUCUGCCUGGAGCGGUAUUAGGCCGCUUGUUUCCGAUCCGAAUAAACCGAACACGCAGUCGCUCGCUAGAAAUCAUAUUGUACAUGUCAGUCCUACGAAUCUCAUCACGAUAGCAGGUGGCAAAUGGACGACUUACCGAGCGAUGGCUCAAGAAACUAUUGAUGCGGCCAUAAAAGCUUGUAACUUAGAACCAGAAAGAUCCUGUCAGACUGACGGAUUUCUUCUGGAAGGAGCUCACAAUUGGACCCCUACGAUGUACAUUAGAUUGGUGCAAGAUUUUGGUUUGGAAUGCGAGGUCGCACAACAUUUGUCUAAGAGCUAUGGAAAUCGUGCAUUUGCCGUAGCUAAAAUGGCCUCGCUUACUGGAAAACGAUGGCCUAUUAUCGGAAAGAAGAUUCACCCGGAAUUUCCAUACAUUGAUGCUGAAAUACGUUACGGUGUGCGGGAGUACGCUAGAACCGCAAUUGACAUGAUUGCGCGUCGAUUGCGACUCGCUUUCCUCAAUGUCCAAGCGGCUCAGGAGGCAUUGCCAGUCAUCAUAGAUAUUAUGGCUGAAGAGUUGCACUGGUCAGCGGAGGAGAAAAAGAAGCAGCACCGCGAGGCAAGCGAGUUUCUCGCUCAUGAAAUGGGUCAGAUGGUGAAUCGUGCUUCCCGCGACAAGAUUCCCAUCAAUCUCACCAAGGAUGAGGUGCAACUCUACAUCAAACGUUUCCGCAUUAUAGACAAGGAUAAAAAGGGAUAUGUGUCUAUCAAUGACAUUAGACGAGGACUGAAGCUCUUUGGGGAUAAAGAAGUACCGGGCGAAGAACUUCACGAAAUUCUGCGUGAAAUCGACACCAAUAUGAACGGUCAAGUUGAAUUGGAUGAAUAUCUUCAGAUGAUGUCAGCUAUAAAAUCUGGUCACGUGGCAUAUUCACGUUUCGCGCGGAUGGCUGAAAUGGAGGAAGCGCAGCAUGAACAGGAUAUGCUCAAGAAACAAAUAAGCGUCGAGAGAUCAGGUGGAGGACUAUAAGAAAAUUUAUCCCUCCGCGUUGCGGAAUUCUUGAAUAUUUAUCUUACAUUUAAUUAAACAAGUUUUAUUUUCGCAUUAUUAAGAAAUAUCGAUUUAUUCGAAUGUAUCGUCAAAACAAAAGCAUAAAUAAUGUCUUGCGAAGUAAACUCUAUUUCACAAACAAUUUGAAAAUAUAUUAGUCUACAAAUGUUUCAUAUCGAGUUUGUAAUACCAAGUACGCACGUCCAUCGUGGAGAUUUUCAUCGAUUAAUGACUGAAAUUAAUUAAGAUUAAUGUUAAUUUUCUUCUAAAAACUCUUCACGAUUUGACGUGCACUGUAUGUAACACUUAUAUUACAUACAAAAGUUAGAAAAAUUUAGAAAAAACGUAUCCACGUUCUUUCUAUUUGUAAAUACUGAUGCAUCGCUGCUAUAAUUCUACUGUUGUAUUUUCAUAAGAGUGUACUUUAUGUAAUAUCGGAAUUUUACCAUCUUAAGUUACUUCGAUAUUCAUAGUAUUUGUAGUAUUACAAUUGUACAUUACAAAUUGUAUUAUUUAACUUUCAAAAGAGUAAAUUGCUCUUUCUCGUCAAUACUAAAACUUGUGAAAAUAGCGCUGCUAUAAAAUGCGCUUUAUAACUAUAUCAUUUAAAGAAAUUUUGUCAUUGAUUUUUAAAACUAAGUCAAUGGUAAGGCGAACUAUGCAUUACCUAUCUUUGUAUCAUUACUAAUGUACAAACUAUAGAUCUAUCAUAAGGACAUCUGACUUAUUAUCACUAUAACGUAACAGUUACAAGUACAUUGCCUUGUAAUUUAUUUCAUCAUUAUCAUAUUAAUAAAACUGAUGGUAUAUGAGUAA